UUUCGUCGUCCGCCGUCCACUGCAGCGUGGCCGGCUUCAAAAAAAGUUUUGCGUCUGCAGCUGCGUGAUCGAUCUCGGCAUCGUCACACUUUUCAAAGAGGAGCGCGAUGAGGUGCCUCGCGAUACUAAUCGCUGUCGCCGUUUGCGCGCAGCCUGCCCUGAGUGACGGAGACGGAGAGCUCAAAGUGGAAAUCGUCAAGAGUUCCGACAGCUGCAGCCGCAAGAGCAAAAAGGGAGACAUUCUGUCGAUGCACUACACCGGCACCCUGGUAGACGGCAAGGAGUUUGACUCCAGCCGACAGCGGGGCGAGCCGUUCCGCUUCCAGAUCGGCCUGGGCCAGGUGAUCAAGGGUUGGGACCAGGGCCUGCUCGACAUGUGCGUGGGCGACAAGCGAAAGCUGACCGUACCCCCGUCACUGGGAUACGGAGACGCCGGCGCCGGCGACCGCAUCCCGCCCGGCGCCACGCUAGUCUUUGAGACCGAACUCACCAAGAUCGAGGACGGCCCGCCGCCCGUCAACGUCUUCAAGCAGAUCGACAGCGACCAGGACGAACAGCUGACGCGCGAAGAGAUCAGUAAAUACCUGAAGGAGCAGCUCCCAGCCGCACAGGCUGCCGGACUCAAGGACCUGCCAGACACGGACAAAAUGGUCGAAGAGAUCUUCCAACAUGAGGACAAGGAUCGCGAUGGCGUCAUCUCCAGGGAGGAGUUCAGUGGACCCAAGCACGACGAGCUCUAAUUGCGUCUUCCUUGAAACUAUCUGUCUUAAUUGAGUGGGAACACGGGACACAACAUCAGCAUGCAGCAUCCACAUCUGGGGUGCCCAUUUCUCACACUGCAUGUGCACUUCAGACUGGGCGUUCAAUGCCAAAGUCUAUUUCACGAUUCACUAGUGCCUCACGCACCACUGUAUGUGCCAACCAAAAACUUAUGUCGAAAAAACAAAGAUCAACAACAAAUCGUGUGGCAGCUAUAGCUGCAACCAUUGCUCAGUUUUGUACUCGCGUGAAAAAAUACCUCUUCCCGAUAUUUGAGCACUUUCUUACUUUAUGACCACAUGUUGAUUAGUGGCAACAGGAAAGUUGCAGCAAAAAGGAGACGCACUCGCACAGGCAUAAUUCAAAGGUGCAGAUGCUAUUGGUGACAUCAUUCAACAAUCUUUAAUGAAAGCAUGCACUGCUUUCUUUGCAAUAAUUCUUACUGCAUUCUUCAUCACCUAUUUGACGAUGCAAAAAUGUUAUCACUACUGCAUGUACGUUCUGGUGUACCAGCAAAACACCUGUGCUAGUUAGCCUCCUAUGUGGAUUAUGUGAAUUUCUCUAUAUAAUGUAAAGUUAUACAGUAUCGUGCAAUGUUAAAAAUGCUCUCCUUAAGGCGUGCACAGUGUGCACAGCUUGAAAACGCAGUGAAAAUUUAGUUUGGUGCUAUUUUGCCCACUGUUGCAAUAUUGUUAAAGUAUUUACAUUACCUAUUUAUCCAUUUAGCUUUUUACGAGCAAAUUUUAUAGAACACCUAAUAUUGUGGUUGUUUAACAAAUGGAACAAAUCGUAACGCUGCAAUUUUAUGAGAAACAAAUAUCCGGUAAUCGAGUAUGCGUCUUUUAUGUAAUUUCUUCUUUAGCACGUAUUUAUUGCUGUUUAUGACACUUGUGUUUUCGUACGUGUACCGCAUGACUCCAAGUCCACAAUUGUGUUAAACUUCUCAAGAAGGGUCUUUUUGU